UUCCUCAUCCUCAGGCGCUGCAUUGUUGUUGUUGUUCGACGAGGAGGAGGCAGAGAACGCAGGCAAGCCUCUCUCUCCCUCCCUGGAAGAUGGCGCUGGCGGAGGCGAGCUCUCGGUACCCAGAGGGAGCAAGCGCCGCUGACCCUCACCGCCUGGACCCGCUCUCCCGCUUCACCUGCCCCGUCUGCCUGGAGGUCUUCGAGAGCCCCGUGCGAGCCCCCUGCGGCCAUGUCUUUUGCACACCAUGCAUUCAGGAAUGUCUUAAGCCAAAAAAGCCAGUUUGUGGAGUUUGCCGCAGCACCCUGACUCAUGGCAGCAGAGCUCUGGACUUGGAAAAGCAAAUUGAAAUGACAGAGACUACUUGCAAUGGCUGCAGUAAAAAAAUGAACCUUUCCAAGCUGCGUAGCCAUGCAGCUGCCUGUUCGAAAUACCAGAAUUACAUUAUGGAAGGUGUUCGAGCUGUGACUAAAGAUCCACAACAAGAUACCAGGAGCAUUCCAAACAGAUUCACAUUUCCUUGCCCUUACUGCAGUGAGAGAAACCUGGACCAGGAAGGAUUGGUAGAACAUUGUAGAAAGUGUCACAGCAUGGAUGCAAAGCGAGUGGUUUGUCCAAUUUGUGCAUCAAUGCCAUGGGGUGAUCCAAACUAUAGAAGUGCUAAUUUCAUGGAACAUCUUCAGCGACGACAUCAGUUUUCUUAUGAUACUUUUGUGGAUUAUGAUGCUGAUGAAGAUGAUAUGAUGGCUCAAGUUCUGCUGCGCUCCUUAAGAGAUCAAUGAAGAAAACAAAAAGUUCUUCAUACUUGGGAAGGGGAGAAUAAACAGAGACACUUCUUACCCCAAGAGUCUUUGGCAUCCAUCAACUAGAUUUUUCUUUGUUCUUGUGCCUGUCUCCAAACAAGACCUCUUUUAGUGGCAAUUCCCUUGCUACUCACUUGUUCCAGAGCAUCUUUGUUGUCACCUCAUAACAUUUUCCCCUUUAUUUUCAUUUCAUUUCAACUUUAAUGUUUACAGACUGUAAAACACCAGGAGUUUGGCAAUAAUUUUCAACUUUACCAUUACUGCAUUUUUUCACACAGAUCAGGAAUUAGAAGCCUAAUUUCCCUAGAUAAUGGAGAUCUAGGGGUUUUUUUUUUAGUUCAAAAAUUGGUAAUAGGCAUCAGUUGCUUAGUGUAUUUAGCAACACAUUGGAUUUGACUCAAAACCUAGCCUUACAGAAGUUUGUGUUAGGCCGUGAACAAUAUAAAAACCUCAAGUUCUCUUACUUUUACAAUGUGUUUCUUAGUUCACUCACUACAUAACACUUCAGUAAGUUUAGAGGCAGUCACUUAAAUUUUGUUUCAGUUGUUUGUUUUGAUAAUUUUUCUAACUUGUUCACACAAGUUCAGAUAUAAAAUAUGAUUUUCUUGUUCUGUGUUUUUGGAAGAUAUUUGAAUUCAUACAAAACAUUUCAUUUCUGGCUUCCUACACCUUUGUAUAUUUCUACCUCUGUGACUAGAGCUCAGAACAAUUUGACAGCAGCAAAUAGGUCACCCUUUCCACCUAGUUACUUCAACAUAACACAAAUAAGACUAUUGUGCUUUGUGUGAAACGGCACUUCUAUAUCUGAUACAAAAAUGUCAUGUAUUCAUGUGUAAAUCUUAAGCUGCUGUGGUUCAGAAACCUUGCAGUACAGAGAACAGAAAGUCUGAUUCUCAUGUUUCUUGACUUUUGAAUGCACUAGCUCUGUUCUUGCUUUUUCUUCAUUGACUAAGCAUAUGGGUUGAGUGCCAUAUGCUUGACCCCUGUGCAUUCAGAAGGUAAGAAUAGGUCCCUGCAUACAGCUGGGUACUUGUAAACUUGAUGCACAACUAGAAACUAUCAUUUGCAUGAGCUUACAUACAUUGCCAUUCUUGAUUUCUGCUGAAUGCAUGGCAGUGCCAGGAGUGCAAUCAACAGAUAUAAUCCCUCUCCCCAUCCUGUUGAUGUAUAGGCAGAUAACAGGGUUACUGUGAAGUAAUUGUUUUUUUUUUUUUUACAUGAGCAGUUCUGCAUAUACUGCCAUGUAAUGAAGUCUGGAACAUUUGUCCUCAGUAAUUUUGAUGGAUAUGUAAACUUCAUCUUUGGUGGCAUAAUCAGAGGUCAUGUUCAAUGUU